AAAGUAGACAAUCCCCGCGGUUCCGAGACCGGUAGCAGCGAAUGUCAAUUUUGAGGCUCGAGACAUUCUGAUCACGUACCCCAAUAAAUAUACACACAAGUAGAAGACCAGGAAGUAACAGAUUUGAAAAAAAAAAUAACCCCAGCAAUUCGUCUCACCUUAAAAAAAGCCGCUUCGGAGCAGUCGGUGGUUAUCACGACAGGCGGUGAAAUGCGGCAGAACUACUGACCGCCUAGAGUGUCCAUUCGUGGCCCGCCGGAGCGACAUCACAAGCUCCACGACUCCGCCUUUAUCUGUCCCUUAGUCGAUCGGUCUUGGACAUUCUUGAUUUUGAAACAAAUUCACGCAGAUAUUAUCUAUAGGGACCGCCAGGAAACAUGUCGGCCCAGAACUCCGCAGGAAUCCAGACCCUCCUCGAUGCCGAGAGAGAGGCUCAGAAGAUUGUUCAACAAGCCAGAGAAUACCGUACGAAGCGGAUAAGGGAUGCCAAGUCUGAGGCGCAAAAGGAAAUAGAGGAAUACAAAAGCCAAAAAGAGGAGGAAUUCAAGAAGUUCGAGGCUGAGCACUCGAGCGGAUACAAGAAGGCCGAAGAAGACGCAAACAAGGAAGCCGAGGUGAAGCUCGAGGAGAUCAAGGAUGCCGGUAACAAGCAGGGUGACAAGGUUGUUGAUGGUCUCCUCCAUGCGCUGGUCGAUGUGAAGCCUGAGCCGUCGGCCAAGAUUGUGAUCAAGACAUAAGCUGAAGGCGUUUCGACUAUUUGUUUUCUCCGCGUGCAUAUCCUAGAGAACCCAGGCUGCUGUUAGGGUCAUGGACAUAGUCUGUUCUAUUGUUUGAAUUCGAUUGCAACAAUGUCUAUCUCUACAUGAUUGAUUCGAGCUUGUUCAGUUUGGGGGGCGUUGGUGAGGAUGAGGGCCAGCUUGACUUCUGACCGAAAUGACACAUUAUGAAUAUCUACUUAACUUGCAUAUAACUGAGCUACUUGACCCCACCAUCUCAGCUUCUUUUAGUAUCAAAAAUGCAUGCAUGGACAGGGUCCGUAUGUGAUGCCAUCGAGUCACAUGAUCUAAAGCGGCA